CGGGUGUCAUGCCGCCUCCCUUCAGCUCCUACCACGGCUGCUGGUGGAGCAUCUUUGACCGCAAGGUGGACUGCUGCUGACUGAGCAUCUGUCGAAUGGCCGCGUGGCGUUUGGUGAAGAGCUUCUCGUUGCCGAAAUACGAUUUGGUCUUGCCUACAUACACACAAUGUUCAAUCAUGAGUGCGCACAUGCAGGUGGCUUCGUGUGGCGUGGUGCAUGCACUCACCAGUUGGUAUGUUGCCAUUGAUGGAGCAGUGGAAAAAGAUGGACGAGUCUUUCUCGUGCUUGACGAAGUCAUUGACAGUGAACUCGCGCACAUCUGGAUACACACAUGCAUAUACACCAGCACAUACAUGUUUGUGUUUGCACGUGGCUUGUGUGCAUAUGUGCGGCUCACUGUGCAUGAUCGUUCGCAGGUAGCCGAAAUUCAACUCCAGUCCCAUUGUGGUGGCAUGGUCCGUGUUGGUGAUGUCCUCGCGGAUGAUCAGGAACAUGUUGGACAUGAGGCACAUGACCGUGUUGACGAAGGUGAUCUCGUGCAGGCCUUGCACUCGCGUCAAAAUGCUGAACGCCACGCCGCACAACAUGACACGCAGUGCCGUGCUAAAGUUCUGCACCACACACAUACGAACAAAGUGAGAGAGAGUUUCAGAUGGACUGACAACACACCAGAUGCAGUGUACAUGUACCUUGCGGGUCAUGUACGACAUGCACCGCAGCCCCGUGAAGAAGAGCUCGGUGGCGAUUACGUCUGCCGAGAAGGACUCUUGGUCUUCGCCGACACGGAGGAUCUCCAGGUUCUCGACGCUGCUGAUGAUCUCUACCUUGCGGUCGGAUGAGAAGUCCCGCAGCUGCCACGUCUCUGCUGGCACACUGGCAGUAGGCAGCAGGCCUGGAUCGAUCACGCCGAAACCGAUGGUGAGAAUACGCGUGCCGCCGAGUGCAGCAGUGCGCAAAUUCUGAAUACACACAGAGUUUCACAUCCAGCAUCACAUAUUAGUGUGGUGUGUCAAUGGUGUUUCUCUCUGAGGUCAUAGCGCACCUUCACGCAAUGGUGGUUGUCGUUGUUUGUCAGCAAAUUGGUCUCUCUGUUGAGGAAGGCCAGGAAGUUCUCUUUCAUCCACCCCAUCUCCUUGCCGAUAUUAUUUGUCGCCACGUUAACCUGCAUCCACACACGUAUCCACACACCGGCACACAACACACGUAUACAGACACAUGCUUCUGUGUCGGUGCGUCUCACGCAUGACCACUGACCAGUAAGAAGGCUGCAUGCUGCUCGACGACAUGCACCAGGUCCUUGUUGAACUGCAAUUCCCCGUCGGCAUCUGCCACACCCGGUCGAACCGCCAGGGGGAAGAAACGCGGCCUGUGGCCUCCCACUGUCCCCUCCCGCCCCUCCCCACACCUACAGUCUGCUCCCCCGUCUCGUGGUUGACCAGCAGGCACACCUUGGCAUUCGUUGCCGGCUUCACUUCACCAAGCAGCUGCUUGACAAAGUCUUGCACUGUUGCCCCCUCUGGAAUGGCGAUGUUGUGGUCCUCCCUGCCAGGGGUGUAGCAGCCCCCGUACACACGGCCGUACCGCAGGUUAGCCUCCAACGCUGGCGCCACGAUCGUCUCGUCACGGGGAAACGACACACGCGCCGGCUUCUCGGGCGUCGCCCCCACCAAUGACGCGUAGUGAUCGAGAGAGGUGGUGAUGCCCUGCUGUGUGAGGUCGAGUGGGUUGGGGCGGGUAGGCUGCUUGGCCGUCAGCCGCCGGAUGUACCGCUUCGAAAUCGGUGCGCCGAGUGCCGACCUGAUAUACAGCAGAAAAGCACAGAAGGUAAUGCAUUAGUGUUCGUUUUGCUUUCGUGUCGCUCUCUUCUCGUACCUCAAAAGGUCGUAUGAGGGAUUGAGCUUCAUCAUGAUGCAAAGAUGGAUCAGCUCCUGUUGUCUCUUCAGGUGUUGCUGUAUCAGUACACCUACCAGCGGACGAAUGAGAGGUGUCUGCUGUAUUUCUCACCUGCGCAUCGUAGCUGAUUUUGAUGCCCAACCGGUUCAUAUUGCCAACAGCGGCGAUCCCGUGUGCGAUGUGGCCGUACUGCUUCACGUAUGCUGGCGCCGUGAGGGAAAACCCAUGACAGGGCACGUGGUGCUUCGUCGACCGGCCGUCUGCUAGGGUGAGGGGGGGUGGGAUGAGGGGGGGUGGGAGGGUUGGGUUGCGGGCGCCUGACGUAGAUGCGACAGCUGCUGCUGCAGGGACUGAAGGGGCAGGGGCGGCGGCCGACGACGGCUCUUUCCCCUGGACUGCACAUCAGACACAUUGCCGAUACAUCUAGUUGGUGUCUGAUCCGUUGUCUUCUGUUCGUGUACCGGCACUGGCUUUGGCGAAGAAGCUGGUGAUCGGCUUGCAGCCCCUGGGCGGAGGAUGUGGUUUGGACGGCAAUUGUGUCGGCACCGUCUCUUCGAUCCUGGCUUUCUCGUCCUCUCGACUUGGAGAUAGCACAUCCUCGCCCGAAGCGCGCCUCUGCUGACGUUCCUGUUGAGCCUGAGAAGGAAAAAGACACAGAUAAAGAACCAUUCACAGAACCCACUCACGAGCCGCAUACCUUCUCCAUCAGCUCGUGGACGCGCUCCUGCCACUCGUGCCAUAUCUUGUGCUCCGAGUGCUCGUUCUUUUUCGGUGGGCCGAAUGGCGGCGGGUGCCUGUCGUUGAAGUGAAAGAUGGCUCCCUUCUUGCUCGUAUUGCAGCGCUGGCCGCAAUGGCAAUCAACCCACUCCCCCCCGUUUACGUCAAUGGCCUUUGCCCGCUGCGCAAACUCCGGUGUGAUCACCCGCUUCUCGUAGUCGUAAAUCUCCUUGCUCCACGCCCAUUGCUUGACUUUGAGGUGUUGGUCAUGUGGGGUCAUCGCGUCGAAGUCGUCUGUCGUCAAGGCCUUCUUCCUCUUGCCCGUCUUUGAAUGCGUCCCGUGCUUCGCGCCUCCAAUCACCCGAAAUGACCCGAAGGGAAGAUUCCUUUGACACCACAGAGAGAUUCCAGAAGAACGAAAGAAAAAAAAAGAAAAGUGAUAGGAUAAGCCACCGUGACUUCAAAAACCUCACACUUGCUGUGACGUAUUGGCACAGAAGAAGGAGUGGCGCUAAGAGGAUGGCAAGGGGAGAACGUAUUGGCACAGAAGAAGGAGUGGCGCUAAGAGGAUGGCAAGGGGAAAGAGUAGUACCUCUUAGUAAUUGCCCUCUCGUGGACUUGCUCCAGCAAGACGUGGAUGAAUCCCCUCCGGGGUUACAGACACGAGUCUCGUUAAACACACUAACCAACCAACCAACCAAUGCGGGUGUGAAGGCGACGGCAAGCAGAAGCGCAUCGACGGUGAAGUACAGAGCCAUCAUCGACCAGAAGG